AUGCUUCACGUCGUUGACACGGUAUAUCUUUAUAUUCUCUGCGUACCCGAGAAUGACACACUUAAAAUUCUUGAAAUCAAGCUUUGUUCUUUAUGCAUUGCCUUCGGGAGCGUACCCGUGCGAGCGAAACACACGCAAGCAAGGAUGGCUCAAUAG